ACUCCGCUCCUUCCCUCCUCGCAUCACGUGCAGGAGCAGUCCGGGGUCAUGUGAGCCCUCCAAUGGCUGCGAGGUUCUAAACUACGGCGAGAGAGGGAAGGAAGGAAGGGGUGCGAGCGUGUGAGAGGCAGGAAGGAGAAGGCGCGCGCUGGAGGGAGGGGUGCGCCGCCGCGCUCGUCCGCUUAUCUUCCCCCAACUUUCCCUUGGUUUAACUCCCGGCGGCCGGCGCGGUCUGAGAUAGCGAGCUCUCGCGCCGGGAGCCGGCUGCCCCUCCCCCGCGGGGGCCGCUUGUGGGCUGUGAGGCGGCCGCGGGGGGGCAGGGCACCCAGGUCCGCUCCGGUUCCGGUCCCAUCCCUCUGCCCCCUCCCCCCAUCUCCCGCCCCGAGCUCCCGGAGCCCAGUGCGCGGCGCGUACCCCGCGCCGCCGGCCCCGGCCCCGGGAUGCAGAACGUGAUUAACACGGUGAAAGGGAAGGCGCUGGAAGUGGCCGAGUACCUGACCCCCGUGCUUAAGGAAUCAAAAUUUAAGGAAACAGGUGUGAUCACCCCAGAAGAGUUUGUUGCAGCUGGAGACCAUUUAGUCCAUCACUGUCCAACAUGGCAAUGGGCUUCAGGGGAAGAAUUGAAAGUCAAGGCAUACCUUCCAACUGGCAAACAGUUUUUGGUAACUAAAAAUGUGCCUUGCUAUAAGCGGUGCAAACAAAUGGAAUAUUCUGAUGAAUUGGAAGCUAUAAUUGAAGAAGAUGAUGGUGAUGGGGGAUGGGUAGAUACAUAUCACAACUCAGCCAUUAAGUGGUGGAGCCAGGACUUGGACCCAGGUCUUCUGACUACAAAUUCAGUGCUCUUUCCACAAGUUAAGCAGCUCUUUACAUCUCCAAGUCUACAUAAAAGAAAAGGCAUCUUUCUUCAAUUCUGCAUCUGCCUUAGAGAAGGCACCUCUCUACAUGUCUUCAUCUGCAUAAGAGAAGGUACUUCUCUAGGUAUUACAGGAGUGACAGAAGUAGUUAAGGAGAUUACUCUGGAAAGCAAGGAUAGCAUAAAGCGAGACUGCUCAGCUUUAUGUGAUGAGGAAGAAGAAGAUGAUGAGGGAGAAGCAGCAGAUAUGGAAGAAUAUGAAGAGAGUGGACUCUUGGAGACAGAUGAGGCUACUCUGGAUACAAGGAAAAUAGUAGAAGUUAAUAAAGCUAAAAAUGAUGCUGGAAGUGAAGAUGCUAUUUUACAAACCAGAACUUAUGAUCUUUAUAUUACAUAUGACAAAUAUUAUCAGACUCCAAGACUCUGGUUAUUUGGUUAUGAUGAGCAACGACAGCCUUUAACAGUAGAACAUAUGUAUGAAGACAUCAGUCAAGAUCAUGUUAAGAAAACAGUGACCAUUGAAAACCACCCUCAUCUUCCACCUCCUCCCAUGUGUUCAGUUCACCCAUGCAGACAUGCUGAGGUAAUGAAAAAAAUCAUUGAGACAGUUGCAGAAGGUGGAGGAGAACUUGGUGUUCAUAUGUAUCUUCUCAUUUUCCUGAAAUUUGUACAAGCUGUCAUUCCAACAAUAGAAUAUGACUACACAAGACACUUCACGAUGUAAUGAAGAGAUAAUAAAUUCUAUACUAAUUAUUGAUUCUAAUUUUAAAAGAUUUAACCUAUAGAUGUGACCAUACUCACCAAUGAAUACAAUUUCUGUAAUAAAGGGACUUAUGUUUAUUCAUUAAACAAAAAAAGACGUUCCAUUACCAGCCUUGUUUAAUAAAAAUCUGUGUGCAAAGAAA